GGAGUAGCGAUGACGUCACGUAAGCAACUCCACAACCACCACCUGCAGCAACUCCGGCACGAUGCCAAGCAGGCCCCCAAUACGCCCCGGUGGCCUUGCACAACUAGCAACAGCCAACAACAAAACAAUAAAUCUUCCCCAGAUAACAAGAUGACUGUUCAUUCCUCUUCUUCUCUCGCGCCAAGUGCCAUUGCGGAACCAUCGCUCCUGCCAUGUCACUCUCCAUCGAAGAGAAGCUCCCCACCGAGCUUCUCGAACAAAUAGUAUCAUUAGUUCCCCGCAAUUCUCUCCUCAGCCUAUGCUUGACUUCCAAAACGCUUAGUCAGCUCGCUACGCCAUGCCUAUACUCGGAGAUAUACCUCAGGGAGACCGACAACCUUGCCGCUCUCGCAUACUUGGUUUUCACUUCCCCCGCCCAUGCCAGUCUGGUCAAAUCCUUCAUCGUGCCUCGUACCUGGGCAGAUGUUGAAGAGAGAUAUUCCAAUGGGUUGUGGCCAGGAUCUGACGACCCUGGAGUCCACGAUGUCUUGAGGAAGAAGUGCUCAGAGUAUACUUCCAGCGUCGAGGAGGCUGAAGAUGUUUAUGGGAAGAUUCAGUCGGCCAAGAAUGAGGAUGCUGUUAUGGCGCUACUGCUCCCCAACCUCCCGAAACUUCGACGAUUGAACAUCAAUUGCGACCUGUAUGGCCACGAUGAUUUCGUCUCGUGGUUGCCCAAGGUCAUCCGUGGGAUAGCAUCGCGCCGCGACUUGUCAGCAGAUAAUUCCCCGAGUCCUUCGAAGAACGGACAGCAGGGCAUACAACCGCACGCAGUGUCAGAGUCUAUCGAUAUCCUGAUUGCUGGAGGAGACGACAAAUAUUCAAGCGCCACCAAUCAUGUAGCAGUCUUCUUCUGUCUACCCAAUGUGCGCUCUAUAUACGGAUGGAAGCACGGCGACAGCGAAAGCCACGAUGAGAAUGAUGUGUUCCCGAAACUGGAGCCACAAUCAUGCCCAGUAGAGUAUCUGGAAUUGCGAUGCGCAAAACUUGACCUGGAGAAUUUCCAAGGCAUGUUGAAUGCGACAAUACCUGGAAGACUCAAGACGUUCAACUACGAACUCGGAGGCUCGUGGGCGUGGUGCGAUACAGAGCAUCCAGCGAUGAUGCGAAGUCUAGAGCCACAUAACGAGACGCUGGAAGCGCUAGGGCUGAGCCACGAAGACUUCUACCCUUACCUUGACGACGAAAGUGCCGAGCGUGGGAAGGCUUACCCAUGUUCCUUCUCUUCUUUCGCGGCUCUCCGGCGCCUCAAAGUCGCUCCCGUGUACAUAUGGGGCCACCGCGGAAUCACUGACGAGGAAACUUUCAAGACCGCCGAAUCGAGAGAUAGACUCUGGUCCACGCUGCCCAAGAGCCUCCAAGAAUUCUGGAUCACACGAGCCCAGAACCAGCAUAUAGACCACAAGGAGGUCGUCGAAUUCGUCCCGAGAUGCUUACUUCCGGCACUUGAUCUGGUGGUGCAGAACAAGCAGACAGCUUUUCCCCAGCUUGUGCACCUGCGUGUCGAACUUCCGCUCCUGGACUGGAAAGACGAAUGGCUGGAUAGCUUAGCAUCGACCUGCAAAGCCGCUAACGCCCAUCAAAUCCGAACAACCAUCAUAUUGUGCGACAUGUUUGACAAAUACGGACGUAUAACUUCGGAGCGAGACUGGGGCUGGAACGAAGACAUCAAGUGGGAGCCAUCGCGCUAUAGUCAAAAUCGAGAAUGCGCAAAAGUAUGGGUUGAGGCUACACCGCAGCGACAGGAACAUCUAGCCUCCAUACUCAAAGACAUGAAGCCUCAGUUCCAAGAAGAGAAUGAGCGAUACAAGGAAAUGCAAGCUGAGAUCAACAAACUGGGCGCGCUAUGCACACAUUGUCAGCUCAGUGGAGAGUACGAUUCCAGCAAGGGCAUCGGCCUACCCGAACGUUUCAUCGACGAGAGGUUAGGAGACGAACCGUACUGGAAAGGUCGAGGUGGUAAACCUGAUGUGGUGACAUGAUGCCAAUCACGACGUCACGAAUAAGGACCUUCCGGCUUUCCGUAUACCUGCAAGGGACAGCCUCGCUGCAUAAUUGCGACGUGUAAGCCGUCCAGGGCUAGCUGCCCUACUCAUGGUGACGUCGUCCUCGUGAUUGAGACCACACCGGAAG